AUGAACAAUCCGCCGUGAAUGAAAGGAACGUUCAGCAGUUGAUCGGGAGAAGAGAGGGUCCUUUUUCUGCUGAAGGUAAGGAAGGCACUUGGGGGUUUAACGUUUCAUGAGCCUGGGCAGUUUGCCAUUGUGUGUUAGUCAAGGGGGUGACAUAGUAUGCUACAGAGACGGGGUCGGUAGAGGCUCCUAUGUCUGAUAAUUAGAUUUAGCUACAUUAUUUCCUACUGCACCCAGUCUGUCGAUCGUCACUCCAUUUACGAAAUAUAGAUCGUUGUCGUUUGAGGCAUUCAAGAGACUUUGUAAGGUUUAUUAUCAGCACGUAGUAGACUGCGUAGCUUUAGGACGCUCCUACAAAUUAUAUUGCACGCAGUCAGGAAUUUUGGAAACAAGGCACAGUCUCACAGUUUCAGUAGUAGCCUACCAAACAAUGUGCCUAUAGGCUAGUCUUCUUUUACUCUAUUAUAAUUAUAGAAGAUUGAGUCUAGCCUAUGUAGAUUAUUGUCAUUCCCAUACUAGAAUAGUGUAUGCUACUCUAAUUUGGUUCAAUUGAAUUAGGUCAUCAUCAUAAGAUGUGUGUCAUUGAGGUUUUUCUGAUAGCCAUUACUGCAACCUGGUGGUUUAAUGCCUGGCUAAAUGAUGUACAGAUGUAUCUAACAGCCUUUUGCUUUAUUAGGCAUCCCAGCUCACAGUAUGAAAACCAAGGCCUGAUACAUUGUCCUUUGUAUGUAGUAGGCUAGUCAUUAACUGAUGUUGGCUGUCUGGCCACCCUCUUGGUUGUGAUGAAGCUGCAUGGUUGUAAUUGUAUCAGUCAAAUCUUUUUGUGACAUGUAGGUGGGGGGGAAAUACAACUUUUUGCAAUAACCACAGAUUGUUUUGUGUAGGAGAUUGGUGCUGCCUCCUGAAAGGUAAUUCUGUAACAAGGGUAAUACAUAAAGUGCAUAAUGCAUAUAAUAAUUUUCCACUGUAAAAGACAAAUGGAGACAGAUUUACUUGCAAUGCAAUCUCUAUAUGUACUAAUGAAUAGGCUAGAUUCCACUGAAACUUCAACAGAGAAAUGAUAUGUUGCAGUCCCACAUUUUCCAUAGGGCCAUAAAAUCACAUUUGAUUCUGAGGGUUGGUUUUAAUCUCAUGGGAUGGGACGCUAUUUAUAUGACAGUGAAGAUCAUUGAAUCCAUGAAAGGGGCACAAAGAUGUAUAGAGGGAGUCUAUUCAAAUGUCUCAGCAUGGCCUUAUUUGACCCUCUGGUGUUGCCAGAGCCGCCUCCUGUCCCUGGCAUCCAAAUCCCCCGCUAUUGAAGGGGCCCGGCCAAUGUUAUGUUUUUAUAGGAAAAGCUAAAGGGACGUAGGGCUACCUAUCUAGAGAACAGCUAGUUGCUCUUUCCGUUCAUGUAAACCCCUAGCUAGCUGCUUUCCUAGUUGCCAUGGUGACGUUUUCCAGAUUCAAUGAUUUGGGAGCAGGAUUUUCAUGAGAGAGGGAGUGAUGAGGUAAGAAUACAGAUGAAAGGAGAGUGAGACUAUACCGAGAAGCUGAUUUCACCCCGUUGUGGUAUCAGGAAUCGAUCCACGGCCCAGAGACGUGCUCAGGGGAUUCUUCUUAAUCUACUGUAGGCUACUUAGAAUGUACUUACAACCUUGCCGAUCCAGAUUUGAUUUAAUUAAUACAUGUUUAUAAACAGUUACAGUGGGAUAAUAUAAUAUUUUGUUAUUCAGAUAGCCCCAUAGGAUAUAUGUAUUAUUACUAUGCCUACUGUCUAAUUCUCAAAUGCCUUGGCUUGAUGAAAGUCUUAUUUGUUAUUUCCGUAAAAAAGAUUAUAGAUAUGCCUCUCUGACCUUCACUAUUGUAUUCAUUAAGUCCUUCCAAUUGUGUACCUACGCAUGUGCCAGACUGAUAAUCUCUCUCUGUCUGUGACGACUGCCGACUGCUUGUCUCUGACCAUAAGUUUGUCUGUCUCUCCACGUUCAGACGCCAAGUUUCCAUGGAGGCAGUUUCAUCUCUCAGCCUCAAGCGAAGAUUCGAGGAGGUGGACAGUGGCUCUCCAUACUCUACGCCCAAGGACUCAGACGAUGACAUUUCCAGCAGUGACAGCGCUGACAGCUGUGAUAGCCUCAACCCCCCCUCCAGCACUGCACUCAUACGUAAGGGUUAGGAUACGGUAGAACCGGCAUUACUUGUUGGCUAAUGUACUCACCAAAUAGACUGAUGCAUGUAGGGCAACUGACUGCACUAGGCAAAUAGUCAGCGAAAUGAAAAGAUAAUUUCAAGUCCAUUUAAAAAUAGGCUAGGUUUUAAAGUGAAUGAUGGAUUAUUACUCUAUAAUAACCCUUAUACUAUCUGUGGUUAUAACCAGUUUAUGGAAACUGUUCAUCCACCCUUACCCUUUUCUCUUCACUGCUCUUUUCUCCUCCUCCUUCCCUACCCAGCGACCUCCAUCCUAAGACGGCACAAGCCCUCUCCAGGUCGGAAGCGGGUGCGGUUUGAUGUGGUGACGGUGUACUACUUCCCCAGGCGGCAGGGCUUCACCAGCGUGCCCAGCCAGGGAGGCAGUUCCCUGGGCAUGGCUCGCCACCACUGCUCCAUCCGCCGCUACACCUUGGGAGAGUUCGCCUGCGAGCAGGAGACCAGUCACCGCCAUGCCGUGCGCCAACACCUCCGCCAAGAGAAGCUCAACGCUCGCAAGAUGAAGGUGAGGUCAAACAUUGAUAUUAUAGUUACGUUUUGAAGGACCUCCUUGGGUUUAAAUGAGAAAUCCCUGUUCAGAUUAUAAUCAUAAUUGGUAUGCAGGCACACUUAACUCGACAAUUGCAUAAAUCAUGUAUUGAUAUCAAUGGAAGAUUUGCACUAAAACUUGAGUUAUGUGCAUGCAUCCCCAGUCAGAAUUCCACCCUUAGUGAGCAAUGUAGGUCUGAUUGUUUCUCUUAAUGUUCUGUGUGUCUAUUUCACCCCAUCAUCUCCAGCUGACGCGUAACGGUACGGUGGAGUGUGCCCAGGCUGACCUGCUGACCCUCGACGACGUGUCAGACGAUGACCUGGAUGUAGAGGGGGUGGAGGUGGACGACUGCUUCUUCCUGCAGCCGCUGCCCACCAAGCGGCGCCGGGCGCUCCUCAGGGCUUCUGGUAACGCCCGCAUAGAUGCCCGGGAGAAGGCUGAGCUACGGACCAUCAGGCUGUCCAGGGAGGAGUGUGGCUGCGACUGCCGCUUCUACUGUGACCCCCGCCACUGUGGCUGCAGCCAGGCUGGCAUCAAGUGCCAGGUGUGUGUGUAUGAUGUAAUGUGUUUGUGCGCUCAGUACAGAUUAGGG